AUGCACUCAAGUGAUUUGCAAGAUGAGUUAAUAACAAAUCAUAAUAUAAUGGAAGAAAGAAGAGAAAAGUAUGCUUACUACAAAAAAAAAUUCAACUCAGCAUUAGAAUUGUAUAAGCAAGAGAUAGAUAAUGAUAACUUCAUGAAUAAUUUUGAUGCAUUAAUGGCACCAUUAUUGAAAGAGAUUGAAGAAUAUGAAACAGUAUUACAAGCCUAUAAACAGCAAGCUACCUGA